GCGAACUCUGAUUGCCUUGCCUUUCUUUUCUUUUCUUUCGCAACUAAGCCCCACGCCGAAUUCAAACUUGUCUAUUUAUUACUUCAACUUUCCAUCUGGAUAACUUCCUCUCAAUUCCAUGGGUGACAACGUCAGUAAGACGCCCGAACCCUUAGCGGAGACCUAUGCCAUUUUCGCAGGGCGUCUCCCAUUUUUCUUUAUCAUAUCAUAAGAAUCUUCUUCCUUGAUUACCCUUUCUCAAAUGAGCACGGCGGGUUGGGGCUUGUCAUCGUCAAGCGACCUUCAUCUUGAGAAUACUCUUCGCAACGCAAGAUUUAUCUCGGAAUUGUUCGAUCGCAAAAUGACUUCAUCGGCGUCGACUACGAGAUCAGUGAGGCAUGCCUUUACAAGGCAGGUCGAAGAAGUGAAGACCCCUAAGAGUGAUAUCAACGCACUGAUCCUCGACUAUCUAACCGUCGCUGGCUACCCUAAUGCCGCCGCCAAAUUCUCAACCGAAGCGAACCUCUCUCCCCAACAGCCUUCCGCUGCCAUAUUGGCUCGGCAACAAAUCCAGAACUCCAUACAUAGGGGAGAAAUCGAGGGCGCUAUCCGUGCCUUGAAUGAUCUGGACCCGUCGAUAUUAGACAAAGACGAGCCACUACACUUUGCCCUUCUCCGCCUCCAGUUGGUAGAGUUAAUUCGCGAAUCGCGCCCUGGCGGUGAUAUUGGACCGGCAUUAGAAUUUGCGCAAACUCAACUUGGCCCGAAAGCGCCUCGCACACCCCAGUUCCUGGAGGAUCUGGAGAAGACGAUGUCUCUUCUAGUUUUCGAUCAUGAUAACCUAGAUCCUUCUCUCAAAGCCCUUCUACACCCAGACCUUCGAAAGAAUGUCGCGGACGAAGUAAACAAGGCUAUUUUAGAGAGUCAGAACCAACGUCGAGAUGCUGCUAUCCGUCAUUUAGUCCAGAUGAGAGCGUGGAGUGAGGAUAUCGUGCGCAAGGAGAGCAAGAAGGAUCUACCCUCGCGAAUUGAGUUGGGCUUGGAUGGUGACGACUCCGACAAGGCUGGUGGAAUAGAAAACGGCCAUGAUGCAAUGAUCACUACAUAGCAACUUCAUUGGUCGCCUUUUGUUCGGCGGUCUCUGAUUUCGUCGGAGCCUCUCCACCCGUGUCUUUUUCAUGAUCCCGUUGUUUCCGUUGUUCAAACAGGGAAAGCAGGGACUUGUUGCGACAGGCGUUUCUUUGAAGGUGGGGUAGGCGUUAUGGAUGAGGUGAUAUCCAGGGCUGGAGGCUUUAAGCACUUACCAGCAAUCAUUAGGCGUUUUAGGGCUCUAUAUUUGGACGUAUUGGUAUUUUACAGGGUUUUAUGAUCACUCAGGGCAUGACUGGCAUACCUACCUUCUGCUAGGUCAGGUUUAAGGGAACGGAACAUGACGGCCUAUCAAGGGAAUGAGAGCCGCAGGAAGCAUAUUGCGUUCAACUGCAUUCAAGAUACCA